UUGAGAUUAGGGUUUUAGGAUGGAACACUCAUAUAUUUAAGGUCUGCCACUCUCAAAAAAUAACUUCUUAGAUUGCUGCUCCUCUCUCUUCGGUAUUACUCGGAGAUCAGCUCACUGCUCUGUGCAGUGCAUUUUAAAGUGAAUCAAUAGCAAAAUGGCGAGGGGACUCAAGAAGCAUUUGAAGAGGCUCAAUGCCCCCAAGCAUUGGGGGCUUGACAAACUGGGUGGCGCAUUUGCACCCAAACCGACAUCUGGACCUCACAAGGGUAGGGAAUGCUUGCCGUUGAUCCUUAUCCUCCGUAACAAGUUGAAGUAUGCUCUCACGUAUCGUGAAGUUGUUUCUAUUCUUAUGCAGCGACAUGUUCUGAUUGAUGGGAAAGUCAGGACAGACAAGACUUAUCCUGCUGGUUUCAUGGAUGUUGUGUCCAUCCCAAAGACAAAUGAAGCUUUCCGUCUCCUUUAUGAUACCAAGGGACGUUUCCGUCUCCACUCCAUCAGAGAUGAUGAGGCCAAGUUUAAGCUCUGCAAGGUCAGAUCUGUUCAGUUUGGCCAAAAGGGAAUCCCAUAUCUGAACACCUAUGACGGUCGCACCAUCCGAUACCCUGAUCCUCUUAUCAAGGCUAACGACACCAUCAAGUUAGACCUUGAGACCAACAAAAUUACUGACUUCAUUAAGUUUGAUGUCGGUAAUGUUGUCAUGGUCACUGGAGGAAGGAACAGAGGGCGUGUUGGAGUCAUCAAGAACAGGGAGAAGCAAAAGGGAAGUUUUGAAACAAUUCACGUUCAAGACUCAACCGGUCAUGAGUUCGCCACCCGUUUGAGUAAUGUGUACACUAUUGGCAAGGGAACCAAACCAUGGGUUUCUCUACCCAAGGGCAAAGGUAUCAAGUUGUCUAUCAUUGAAGAGGCUAGAAAGAGGCUUUCAGCAACACAAACUGCCGCUUAAAAUGAUUUGUCUUGGUUUUGUUUUCUUAGUGAUGAUUUAUGAGGGUUAGUUGUUUCUCUGCACUUCAGGUUUAUAAAAAGACAAAUGUUAAUUUCUCUUAAUUGUUUGCACAAUUUUGAACCAUAUGUUGUUUUGGAUGUUUUUUUAAAACUUAUGCUCUUUUGCAGAAAUUUAUUAAGUUAAAAUAUUAGACAGUUUCAAA